GGAUGGGAGAGCCUGCACAAGCCCGGCGUUCUGGUCGUGUUGGCAGCAGGAAUGAGCUGCGCUGCGUUUGGAGUUGGAGGCUGGCAGCCGCCGUACAUUCCGCGAAGCCAUAAGCAGUUUCGCAGCCCCCCGCUUCCGGGCCAACAAGUGACUCAGGCGUAAUGAAGGCUUUUCUCAGACAAGGGUCUCUCCCAGCCUGUAAGAGGCCCGUGCUGGGAGUGGGAGGAGUGGUCAGCCAUCCCCUGAGCUGUUAAACAGCCUCGUUUGCCAGAGCCAGUGUCUGGGGUAAAGUCCAACGAAGCGCAGGGUUCUCUGCUGACGGGACCUUAUUCUAGGACUGCUCUUCCUGGAUGGCCUUUUGCUGAUGGCAUUGACCCCUCCAAACAUUACAAAACACCUGGGGAAGGACCCAGCAAGAUGGAAAAACAACGCACACACACACAUGCCUGUUGCCUACACUGUGCUAUGAAACCGGGCAGCCCGCACUCGUCUGCUUAGUCUGGGGGAGGCCUUUCUUGUCCAGGUGCUCCAAAGGGCGGCAAAGGAAGCCCCUGUUCCAUUUUGGAAAUCAGUGUCUUUAGGGAUCGCAUGUUUACUGUCGUGUCAGUCUUUGUGAGAAACGUAGGAGCAGUGUCAAAAAGAUGUCCUUAUCAUGAGAUCCUGCAACAACGAAUUGCUCGGAAAGUUCAGUUGGACCUAACCAAUGGCCUUCCAGACUUCUCUCCUCAUACUGCUCACAUUCGCAAGGACAAAACCUGGAAAGUGUUGCCGGUUCCCAGGAGACUGCAAAACCGGCAGGUGGAUAUUGGUGACACGGCCCCCUGCCAAACGGAGCGAUUCCUCAGGGCCUUGGGCUCCACGGCUCAGGGCAUCCAGGUUGAUUUUGAUGAUGGCAAUUGUCCAACUUUCUUUAAUCAAAUUAAGGGUAUCUAUAACAUCUUCCAAGCGGUUCACCAUAAAUUUCCAGGGGUCCCACCCAUAAACGAAGCGCCUGUUCUAAUGCUUAGACCAAGAGCCUGGAACAUGGUGGAGCACAAUAUGAUGGUGAAUGGAAAGCAGGUUCCUGGACCCCUCUUUGAUUAUGGUCUGCUGAUGUUCCACUUAGGGAAGAUCUUGUAUGAGAAUGAAAGUGGCCCCUUCUUUUAUCUUUCAAAGGUAGAGAGUUAUCAAGAAGCCAGGUUAUGGAAUAACAUAUUUAUCUGGACCGAGGAAAAGCUCGGCAUGCCCAUCGGUACCAUCAAGGCCACCGUGCUCAUAGAAAGCAUUCUAGCCUCCUUUGAGAUGGAGGAGAUUCUGUACGCGCUGAGGGACCAUUCUGCCGGCCUCAACUGUGGCAUCUGGGAUUAUUCUGCCUCUUUCGUGGCCAAAUUUGGCCAUCGAGCUGAAUUCUUGUUGCCAGACAGGAGCAAGUAUGUUAACAUGGAGAAGCUCUUCCUGAAGAGUUACAUGGAUUUGCUGGUGCAGACGUGUCACAGGCGGGGGGCCCUGGCCACCGGGGGGAUGGCGGCCUUGUUACUGCCCGAGGACCCCGAAAGCCACCGCCACCCGUCAGUCCUGGCCGCCGUGAAACGGCUCAAAUUGUUUGAAAUUAAGGCUGGAGUGGAUGGAUUUAUGGUGUAUGAUAUUGGCUUGGUGGAACCAAUGCAGAAGCUAUUCCGGGAACACGCGAGAGGCCUCAAUCAGCUCCACGUCAUUCCCGAAGGCGUGAACGUGACCGCCACGCAGCUGCUCACCAUGCCUGCGGGAGGAGUUACUCUCCAUGGCCUGAAGUAUAACAUUGCUGUUGGAGUGCUCUUCAUAUAUUCUUGGCUGAAAGGAGAAGGUCAUUUCUAUUAUCGUGGUCAAGUUGAAGAUUCAGCGACUGCAGAGAUCUCCAGGUCACAGGUAUGGCAAUGGAUCCGUCAUCAAGCUAGAUUAGAAGAUGAUGAGAGAACGGUGGUGUCAAGGAGUCUCGUUCACAACUUAGUCAAGGAAGUGAAGAAUGAACUACAAGAUGGUUACUGUGUAUCUGAAAGAGCAAAACAGCUGCUGCACACUGCAACUGAAAUAUUCCUGGAAAUUGUUCAGAAAAAAGAUUUCCCUGAAUUCAUCACAACCUACUUAAACCUGGACCAUACUUUUCUGGUAUCAUCUUCCUACAACCAUAGCUUUCAUUCCACAGCUGUGGUUACUAUUCAUAGUACAGCCCAAACCAAAUCUAGGCUGUAAAGAACCAGUGCUUGACAGCCAGCAAGUCAUCACUGACACAGAAAUUCUAUUUCACUGGUUAUUUGAAAUACAACAUAUUAAAAUGUUUGAGUUGCCUAUGACAAAAUAAAAUGAAGUCAAGCCCC